AUGCCAAGCUCCAGUCCUGAGGGUUCAUUCCAUCAGAGGGUUUGGAAGAACCAGUGGUGUCUGCAAACUGCUGAAAUACUCCACUGGCACAGAAAACCUGAUCUGUUUCAUCAGCGGGCGAGGAGGAUGAGGUAUUGUGGAACACAUCCAGGAUCCAGAGGUUUACUGUUGGUUGUUACACUCAUUUUGGUGCAUGGUACGCAGGCACAGCAAGCUUUCAAGUCACCACCUCGCAAUGUGACUGUGCAAGCGGGGGGCCGAGCUCAGCUGAAAUGUCAGGUGUUGAGACAAACGGGCGUGGUGCAGUGGGUGAAAGACGGCCUACUGCUGGGCCCCCGGAGAGACCUGCCGGCCUUCCCAAGAUACACCAUCACCGGAGACAAGAGGAAAGGUGAAUUCCACCUACUGAUCGUGGAUAUCACCUUGGAGGAUGACGCCCCGUACCAGUGCCAAGUUGGCCAAUCAUCCAGCAGUCAAGGCAUCAUCUCAGAGCCUGCUUGGUUAACUGUACAAGUUCCUCCAAAGAAGCCUUCUAUUGAGUUUGAGUCAGCACGACCUUGGAUAACAGGUAAAGAAUACACAGUGACGUGUACAGCUCCUGAUGCAAAACCUGCAGCAGAAAUCACUCUCUUUAAAGAUGGAAUAGAACUUACAGACCUGGACCCAGUAACUUUGCCUGGCUCAGAGGAUAAGCUAAUUGACACUCAAGUUGAAGUGAGAGUAAAGGCGCACAGUACGGAUGAUGGGAAACAUUUAGUCUGCAAGGCUACGAAUCCUGCCCUACCUGCUGGUGUGGAGGACACGAAGGUGAUGGCUGUUUACUUCCCCCCACCAGCACCUGUGAUAGAGGGCCUUGAUAGCAACACCCCCGUCAUUGCGCGCACAGCCUUGAAGCUGAUUUGCCUGUCACGUGGAGGAAACCCUCUGCCAUCUCUUCAAUGGACAAAGGAUGGGAAACUAUUAUCGCAAAGCUGGGAGGAGGAUGCUUCUGCUCAGAUAUCCAGGAGCAGGCUUUCCCUGCAGGUGACAGCGGGGGACAACCAAGCCGUUCUACAGUGUGAGAGUAUCAACCAAGUGUCUCGGGCGCCUGUCGUCGUCAGUGUAACGCUUACUGUCCACUUUGAGCCGGCCGAUGUGAAAAUACUUGGAAAGCUUGAGGCAGUGGAGGGUCAGGCGGUGAAGUUGUGCUGCCAGUCAAGUUCCAGCAAUCCACCUGCCAACAUACACUGGUGGUUGGGAAACAGGGAACUUGGCACAGCAGUUAAUUCUUCGUCAGAGGGAGAAAAUGGAGGCAUGACUACCUGGUCCAACCUUACACAUGUAGUCUCACGGGAAGACAAUGGUGCCCAGGUCAUUUGUGAGGCAGUCAUCGAUGCCAUGCAGUUUUCCACAAGCAGAUUUAAAACACUCAAUGUGUUCUAUUCACCUCAGAGGGUUUGGCUGGAUAACGCGCCUGAAGGUGUGACUCUGCAGUCAGGGCAGCCUCUGAGCCUGCUGUGCCUGGCCAGUGGAGGGAACCCAAGAGCUCAGUUGACAUGGUUUAAGGAUAGGAAACCAGUACAGAGCGCCUCGAAACAAGUUGCCUUGGAAAGAGGUGUGUCCCUGGAGCACAGAUUCAUCCUGCAGCCCAGUGAUAACUUGGCUACGUACCGCUGUGACGCCACAAACAAGGCCAACACCAGAGGAAUCUCAGCACAGACACGCCUUAGUGUACAGUUUCCUCCCAUAAAAGUUGAAAUCACAGUGGUGGAUCAAAGUGUCCUGCGAGCAGGGGACACUGUGACUUUGCUCUGUUUAUGUGGGAGCAGCAACCCAAAGGCCAAAAUCUCCUGGACUGUAGGCCUCAACAGGUAACUCGGAGAAGAAAAGCCCAGCAGGCGAGCUGAAUAUGGCGGAGUGUCAUUUCAUAACACUCUGAAGCUCACUCUCACCGACCGACACCACCAGGAGAGAGUCACCUGUAAGGCCUUCAGUGAACUUCUGUCUGAGGGAGUAAGCUCUGUCUACACACUUAAUGUACACUACCCUCCUAAGUUUAGCGCUGCUAUGCCCAAAAACGUCCAGGCUCGAGAAGGUGAUGUGGUUCAUCUACCUGAUCAUGACUUCAUCGUGUCCGCAAAUCCCGAAGUGACAGCAUGUGACUGGAUUUUUAAUGGGAAGAGGAUAGCUGAAGAAGAAGAUUUGAAAUACAGUUUGAACAACUUCGUCCUCAAGAUCAGAAAUGUCUCAAGACAUGAUGUUGGAGAGUACAGGGUGGAAUGCUCAAAUGAGGAGGGACGGAGCCACUUCUUAAUCCACUUACACAUCUCUUAUGCACCAAGGAUCAAGAUGAAAGUAGAACGUGUGCAUGUGGACCUGGGUGGAACCAUUGAUCUGAUGUGUGAAGUGGAGGCCAACCCUGUCAUCUCUGACAUGUUCGCCUGGAAGUGGCUCGGGGAUGCUGACAUAGACUUGGAAGAUCAGCAUGUGGAUAAUGCAACUGGAUGGCUGACCCUAUUCAAUGUCACUCGUGCCCACAGUGGGGCGUACCAGUGUGACGUCGACAACGGCAUCUAUCCUCCAGCCUCGGCCAGAACCGAGCUUGUUGUUUUGUUUAAACCUCAGCUGAGGAAAGGACUUCAGUGGAGUAAAGUUGCCAUCCCUGGUGAUGACGCCAGCUCAGUGGAGCUAACAUGCCAGGCGGAGGGCAACCCCACCGUGCACUUUCACUGGGCCAAGAAUGGAGUGGACAUGGACCUCUCUGGGGACUCCAAAAGGUAUUCUGAGAAUACUGUACGAGUGGGGCCUGUCCAUACCAGUACCCUGCACAUCAAGAACGUGAGCGCAACACUAGACUGUGCCAUUUUUACAUGCACAGCCUCCAACAAACUAGGAGACGACAGUGUGGAUAUCCAGCUUUUAACAGCAAGUCACCCUGAGCCACCAUUAGAGCUCAGGCUUCUUCACGUCAGCAAUAGCUCUGCAACACUGGAAUGGGAGCCGGGAUUUAAUGGAGGCUUCCCGCAAAGGUUUCGUAUCAGGUAUCACUGGAAAGGCUCCAUCAGUCACUAUUAUGUCGAUGUUUUGCCACCUACCACAACUGUGUACACAGUCAGAGGUCUUUUGCCCGCCACAACCUAUCAUUUCUCGGUGACGGCCAUCAAUCGUAUGGGCGAAAGCGGCUUCGACAGGAACACUUCGCUCACUGUUACUACCAACGAAGAAGAAUCCACGGUCUACCCAGGACCUCCAGGAGACACAGACCUUGCUGGAGCCCUUGGUGUGUGGCACUAUGUUCUCAUUAUAAUCGCCAGUGUCCUACUGAUGCCCAUCUCCUGCUUCAGCUUCCUAUUACUACUGAGAUGGAAAAAACACCAGAAGGACAAAACGGGUGAACUUACAACUUACAAAGGGAAGAGCAACACAGAAAAAGAGGGGUCGACAAGCACACCUAGCCGGUACACCAAUACAGAGUUGACCACGGCAAGCACUGUCGAAACAAACAGCACAGUAUAUGAGAGCUAUGGUCACCAGGACAGUUGCCACUAUUACUACCCUACUGAUGAACUGCCAACGACAGUUUACACAGGAGGAGCAAAUCGCCAUGAUCAUCAUGGCCAUGAAUACGAAGAGGUCGCCAAUGAAGAAAUCCAAUUUUCUGAAAUCUUCCCUCCAGUCAAUCAAUUCUUUGUGCCUCCAUCGCGGAGAGAAAUGGAACACUUCUUUGAGGUAUACGGAGGUCACCUAGAUGACAGACACAGCGCUAACCCUAGACUGUUAACGGACUACACUUCUUCAAACAACUCGCAAAUUCCCUUUGAGCUUGCUGGGGAACUUGUGUAG